AUGGCGGAGCACGUCGAAAGUCUGACGUUUGAGCAUGCGAAAUGGACCGACGUGGAGCGCUGGUCGGUGCUUAAAUGCACCAAGCCUGCUGACGUCAGCAGUUCGUUGUUGGGGGUACGAAAUCGGAAGGAAAACCGAUGCGGCACGUGCGGCAAGAGCGCUCAGACGUGUACAGGUCAUUUCGGGCACAUAUCAUUUGAGAUGCCGGUUAUACCACCCGCUGCUGCGCCCUCUGCUCGUCUCCACCCUCAACUCCUUCUGCUUCGCCUGCGGCAAGGGCUGCUCCUCCUCCUCCCUCCGCCACUCGUCAACCCAAGCCCAGGAGAUGCGGGAGGAGAGGAGAAUGAGGGAAACAAACGGAAAGGGGUGAGAAACCAUGACGUGGUGUCACUUGUGGACUCUGACUCCCAGAGCGAGGGUGAGGGUGAGGAUGAGGAUGAGGGUGAUGAUCGUGGUGGUGAUGCAUUCGGGUCCACGCAGAGGCUGAUCAAGGGGGACGAUGCUGAUGACAAUGACAAGGACAUGCCGUCUCCCUUUCGCAGCAAAUGCCGAUCAGCUGGCUUCAUUGGCCCGGGUGCUAGGCGAAUGCUGGCAACGCUUUCUGACGACGACGAUGAUGAUGAUGAUGAGAAUGAUGGUGACAGUGAUG